AUGGUCUUCAUGAUAUUGGUGAUCGUCAUCCUUCCGCGACUCUCAGGAGUGGCUACUUAUGUUACCAAUCCAGAUUAUAUACAGAAACGUAAGGAUCGAGAUCUCACCAAUAUUUCAGAUAGAAAGCAGUCUGAAAUACCCCAGAGUUCAUCCGCCUACAUUCCUCCUGAUGAAGACGAUAGCUUAGGUGUAACUACUGCCACUUCAGAACCCGCUAGUUCCCAACUAAGGUCGAUAGGCUCCGAUGUCUACCAGAAGGUCAAAGAAGUUAAGAUCACCGGAGACGAUAUUCCGAUAAAGCUAAGUUUGGCAAAUGAGGAGGAUCUUCGGCAACAAGUACGCAGAAGGGAUAAAGCUUCAUCUGCUGAGGAUUCCGUAAAUUCGGAUCCUAACAAAUACGACUACGAUCUUGAUGAGCUUAUCACCCAAGAAUCUACUAAAGAUAGAAAAGACGCCAUACACGAAGCAAGUGAUUGGACCCAAGUUUAG